ACCUCUCGACUAUCUACUAAAUCAACAGAUCCGCUUAACCAGCUGAUUAUGUCCCUGAUGAUUUGACACGACAUAAAGUUGAAACAAUUUUUGCUGUUUUGUAAUUUUAAAGUAAAUAUUCUCUAAUUUCUGUUUGGCAAUGGUGAAAUGACUGCGCGUCGCCGUAGAGUUGGAUCUGAAUCGGAACAAGUGCCGCUGGUGGGUGGAAGUGGAGGACCAGAUAGCAUCCAAGAUGGCGGCGAUAGUAGUCAUCUAGGUUGGAACGCCGUGGCGAAUCACAGCGGGGCCUCAGGCACAGGCGCCUAUAAUGGGCCAGAACACACUGACUGGAAUAACGCAGCUAGAUUAGGUGCUAGACCAAAAGUACGAGACUCAGACCACAGCCUGGCUAUGACGUCACCGGCCGCCUCCGCACGCGACCGCACGGCCGAAUUCGCGAACGCGAUCCGCUCGUUGCAGGGUCGCCAACUGCCCAGGGCGGUUAGGGCGCCGACCCCCAACAAGGCGCGCUACAUACAGAGCUAUGCCGAGUUCAUGAUGAUCGCCAAAACUAUCGGCAAAAACCUCAGUGGCACUUUUGCCAAGCUGGAGAAGCUUAUGCUUUUGGCAAAACGCAAAACGAUGUUCAACGAUCGGCCAACCGAGAUCCAAGAGCUGACCUACAUAAUCAAGGAAGACCUGAACAGUCUCAAUGGGCAGAUCGCGCGCCUCCAGGAGGUGUCGCGGCGACAACGCCAGUUGCAGUCAGCGGCCACCAAACAGCAGCACCUGUUGUCGCAUAGCAGCAGUGUUGUGUUGGCACUACAGUCAAAGUUGGCAGCCAUGUCUACCGAGUUCAAGAAUGUGCUGCAGGUUCGCACAGAGAACCUGAAGCAGGCGAAAAGCCGUCGCGACCAGUUCUCGCUGGGCACAGUGUCGUCAGCACUGCCACCAUCAGCCGUCAGCGGCCCCUACCACCAGGGCAGUGUGUUGCUGGCUGACGAGCAUCAGCAGCAGCAAGUCAGCAUCGACCUCGAGCCACGUGCAGGCAUGCUCAUGCAGGCUCAAGCACAGGCGCUCAUCUUGGACGAAACGGACCAGUAUUUAUCGAGUAGGGCGGAAACAAUGCAAAACAUAGAAUCGACAAUCGUGGAGUUGGGGGGAAUAUUCUCUCAGCUGGCGUUCAUGGUUAAAGAGCAGGAGGAAAUGGUUGAACGGAUCGACGCAAAUGUGCAAGACGCUGAAAUGAAUGUGGAGUCUGCGCACAACGAAAUUCUCAAAUACUUCCAGUCGGUCUCCUCAAACCGUUGGCUCAUGAUUAAAAUAUUCGCCGUUCUCAUUUUCUUCUUCAUAUUUUUCGUUAUAUUCUUGGCGUAGCCUCAGAUAUUGUUUGGUAUCACAUUCCAAUUCUAUGUCUUGUCCCAAAACAAGUGAUGUUGCGAUAACAUUAAACCCCAACUUUAUGUGAAUAUUGUCUCAAAACAAGUCUUGUUACAUUAACAUACAACCCCAACUUUAAGUAAACCUUGUCUUGAAACAAAUCUUGUUGCAUUUUCAUGAAACAUCAAAACUGAAUAAUGUAAAUGUCUCAAAAGAAGUCUUUUUGCUACAAACUAAACUCUUAAACUGAAUAUUUUAUGUUGUCCCAAAACAAGUCUUGUUGAUUCAACUUGAAACACUUAAGCUGCGUUUACACCAAAGUUAUUAACAAAAUGUUAAUAACUUAAUCCUCAUAGAUUCUAUUAGAUUGAACAUAACUUAUCAUACACAUGAUGUGCAUAUGUGUUUGUCAAGCUCCGUUUAAACUAAUAGAAUCUAUAAGGACGGAAAAACAAACAUUUUGUUAAUAACUUUGGUGUAAUUGCAGCUCAAAACUGAAUAUUUUAAGUUGUCCCAAAACAAUUGUUGUUGCUUAAAAUGAUAAAACAAACAACAUGUUGCAGUAACAUGCUGUAGAACACAACAUGGAAACAGUAAAACAUGUUGCAUCAACUUGGAAUCCAUAACAUAGAAAGUAUGUUUGGUGCUAAAUAUUGAGAUUUUGUGAUAUAUGUCACAACAUUUUGUGUCCUGUACAUAAUGUUAACUAGAUCUUUACAAUCAUCGAUUCAUAUUAAGGCCCUUAUGCAUCAUAUCUGUUUAAACUGAGUUUGAUUAGCUGUUGGUUAACUGGUAGUCUCGAGCUUGGUUGAAAAAAAGCCUGUUGAAUUUCAAUUAUGAUACUACGAGAACCAAUCAGAGAAGCUUUUUCUUCAAAAAAGCCUUCUCUGAUUGGUUCUUGUGGCAUUCAGUCAUGAUUAAUAUUUAACAGACUUUUGUGCAACCGGGCCUGAAUGUAACACACUAUGAUAAGAUCUUAUAUUGCCAAUGUUCAUGUAAACCCACAUUAGCGUUAAACGUAGGUGGUGCAUAUGGGCAUAAAUGAAUGAAUAAAAGAAGUUUUAUUCUCAAUAAAAUCUUCUGAAAUCAUUCUAUUAUUUAUGAUGACAAUGUUUUGAACAUGGUUUAUGUUUAGAUACACAACUGAGAAAAUGGUCGUGUAUUGAGAGAUGUUAUUGUAUAAUAUAAAUAUAGCUUCUUUCGUAGUUGUUAUUUGAUGAGAAGGCCCUGUGUAUUCCAACUUUUAUAUUACAGUACUUGAUGAUUUAUCAAGUUUCAUUACUCUAUACUAACUUUAUAACCAACUUGAUUGCAAUCUCACAUUAUAAGUUGAAACAUCCCCAUUAUAUAUAAUUUUUAUUCCAAUAAAAAAUCAAGAUAAAAGCGUUUUGUCGUCUAGUGUGAUUAACUUCAAACUGUUAGCAUUUCCUGUUAAAAACAUUGAUGCUUCCCAUUAAAGAAUUGCUGAAUCUCAUUACGAUGAUACAGCUUCAAUCCUUAUAAUCCUUCACAUUGUAUUGAUGCAAUGAGAAAUAUUAUAACUAUAGAAUAAUUUACACUAAAUUUAUUUACUUUAUUAUGUACCGUAAGCUUUCUGAUUGCAUUUUGUAAGCUAUAUUGGUUUUGAGUACUGAAUCCUGUAAACAAAAUCUAGAAAGAACAUUAGGUAUAAUAUUUACUUGUUUGGAAACUUAUAUUGCAGAGGUGUACUUUCUCUGUGAUGUAAGGCUACAAUAUAUACUAUUGGAUGUUAUAUUGCUAUAUUCCGUAUUGAGUUGAUUGAAAAUUGUAUACUUUAUUUUUUAAAUCUUGUAUUUGUUGACGAACUCAAAAAUCUAUACUGUGCAUAAGUGUAGGUUUACCUAGACUUAGUCAGUCUUUUAAAUUGUACCUAUUUUCAAAGAUUUCUAAUUGUAAAUACAAAAUUUGAUAGUGCUCUUUGAUGAGACUGACUGGAGUCGAAAUAAAUAAAAAAUUGACUUGUCCAAGAUAUAUUAUAUUGAAUAUAUUGAGUUUUAAAUUAA